ACACACACACACACACACACACACACACACACACACACACACACACACACACAAUCUGAAACCAGCCCAUCAACCAUUUCCAUACAUAUGUAGACAGUCAAUCUAAUCGAAGUGCUUCAGAGGGAAGAGGGGACGUGAGGUGUACAGAUCCUUCAGGGGUUAAUGGGCUCAGAUGUCGACAGAGGGUCUGAGUGAGAAAAUCUGACUGAAACUACAAAUUGACAAAGAAGAGAGGGCGCAGUUACUGUUUGCGAAGGCUAGGAGCAGAUUUUGGUGCAGAAUGUCAGACUCCCCUACAUUUUCCCACACCAGGGCAAAGUCUCAAACAUCAACCCCUCAGGCCAGCCUACACACUUGUGAGCCCAGUGGGACUUGCUGCCAGCAGAUGGCAGAAUCACAGACUAAAGUUGGCAGGGAUGUCUGCUUCGCCCAGAAAGACAGCAACACUUUCAGCUUGAGGACCGCGGCUUUGAACAGGAGGCACAGCGCUGAUGGGACCAUCGGUUUAGGGUCAGGAUCAGCACCGGGACGAGGUCCCGUUGACUCUGACCGUUUCCACCCAUACCGUCGACAGUUCAGCGAUGGAGCAGUGACGGCUGCGGGUUGCCUCCAACAGUGCUCGUCUUCCUUCAGCUGUCUGCAGGAGGUGUGCAGCUCUGACACUCUUUCACACAGGUCAAGCAGCGAGGCACCAACAUCCUGGGACCAGUACAACGGCAGUGUUCAGAGUUCCUACCCAAAACUACCAACUCUACCAGCAAAGCCCUCCUGCUUCCUGUCUCAAAGCUAUCCAUCCUACAGCUCAUCGAGCCCUCUACAACAGGUCUCAUCUAGACUGUAUCCUAAUAAUGAUCAGUCCAACAGCUCAAAAUAUUGUCUCCAAAGUCUCUCCAAUCAAUCAUACCAGGAGAGCACCACACAGUCCCACUUCCCUAAGCCCAUUUACUCAUACAGCAUCUUGAUCUUCUUGGCUCUGAAGAACAGUAAAACAGGAAGCCUGCCAGUCAGUGAGAUCUACAGCUUCAUGACUGAACACUUUCCCUAUUUCAAGUCAGCUCCUGAUGGAUGGAAGAACUCUGUGCGUCACAACCUCUCCCUGAACAAGUGCUUUGAGAAGGUGGAGAACAAAAAUGGGAACUCGUCCCGUAAAGGCUGUCUUUGGGCUCUCAAUCCAGCCAAGGUGGAGAAAAUGCAGGAGGAGUUGCACAAGUGGCGUCGCAAGGACCCUGUCACUGUUCGCAGGAGCAUGGCGAAGCCAGAAGACCUUGAUCGGCUUCUGGGAGAGAGACCGGACAAGUUCAGGUCUGUGCCACUUUACACCAACGCAGCUUUUUUAUCCAGAGUGGCCAAUAUCUACGGCACCACCUCGUCAUCUUGCACCCCAGUCCAGCUCCAACCACCCUACCUACCCGUUCAGCGUCCACAGUAUGCCCAAGUUCAACCUCAGCAGCCCCAUUUCCUUCCCCCUGCCGCUGCUCACCCCAGCAACUCAUUUGCCCUGUACUCACCAUGUGGACAGCUGCCUGCAGCUGGCGUCCCAUCAGCCACUGGAAGCUUGCACUCCCCCAUGACUGGUAAGAUGCCACCUGUUUACAGCAUCGCCCUACAGGCUGAGUUCAGCUCCAGGAACAUGCAGGACUUGCUGUUGGAGGGAGACGCCAGUUAUGACAUCGACACGCUCAACCCCAGUCUGACUGACCUGCAGCUGCAAGGUCACUUGUGGGAGGAGUUACAAGAGGACAGCCUGCUGUCUGAUCCACAAUUUACCACCACAACCCCAUCCACGACCUCUGCCCUGCAGGACCACAGCGUCCAGACCAGCUGCCUUCAGGCCACGCCCCCUGUCGGUCAGACGUCAGAGGUGACUGCCGUUGGUCGACGAAAAGCUGAGUAUGAGGACGAGAACGCAGGCAGAAACUUUGAGCAGCAUGGCUGUUUAAAUGGACUGCAUCCUGUGGCUUAUUCGGGGAUGGAGAGUCUAGCUGGGUAUCUGACCUCCUGUACCAAAUCCAUCUCCUUAAUGUAAAUACCUGACUGUUUGGGCUCUUUCACACUCCCUGACCAUUAAUGUAAUAUAUUAACCUGAAUGGGGAAUAUUGUUGCAAGCAGCAUCAUGCCACAUUAUUAGCUUGGUGGUUAUUUUCCCCUUCAAAUCCUCUGUUUACCAUAGUGUGACAAACUGUGGUGGAAACAGUUAUAUCCUUUUUGGCUGUUUCAAUACACAUGUCUUUCCCACCAUUUAUUUAUUUGCAAGAGCUCCUGUUAUAAAAAGUAUAAUAUAAAACAUAUAUAAGUUGUUCAUUUUAUUGAUGCAUUAAUAUAUUUGUGCAUUCUUGCCAUUUCAGUUAUUUUAGUCAGUUAAUACCAGAUGAUGAAUUGCUUUAUUCAGUAUCCAAGGGUUAGGUUUCUCCAUAUUAGAGAGUAAAACAUAUAAACACACAUUGUUGGAGGAUGUCCUCUGCUUCAGCACCUUACAUUAAACUGGCUGCAACCUGAAACACAUGUACAGUUGCCUGGAUUAUCCUGCCGUUUUAUGUGAACUGAUUAAAAUUCACUUAACUCUG